AUGGCUGAGAUACAGACGUUAAUUGAAAUGGGUUUUCCGAAAGACAGAGCUGAAAAAGCUCUGGCGGUGACAAAUUACAAAGGUGUAGAGCCGGCAAUGGAGUGGUUAUUAGCUCACGCUGAUGAUCCAGAGCCUAGUACGGGACAUAUAAUUGGUGAAAACCAGCCACAAAGCAGCAAUGAACCUUCUGGCGCGGCCGCCGACACUCAAUCCAAAGAGUCAGCUGAGGAAGAAGCGAAGUCAUUUAAAUGUGACGAAUGUGGAAAACUGUUUAAAAAUCAGGAUGAAAUGGAAUUCCAUGCUGCGAAGACGAACCACAGUAGUUUUUCAGAAUCCACCGAAGAGAAAAAACCUUUGACUGAGGAGGAAAAAAAAGCUCAGCUGGCAUUACUGGAGGAGAGAAUGAAACAGAAACGUAAAGAAAGAGAGGAGAGAGAGAAGGCUGAAGCAUUAGAAAGGGAGAGGCUCCGUAUCAAAUCAGGGAAGGAUUUGCAAGAGGCUCGGCAAAGAAUGCAGGAACAGGAAAUGCAGAAACUGGUCGAGCAACGAAGAAGGGAGAAACUAGAAGAUCAACGAGCAAGGGAGAGAGUUCGUGCACAAAUAGAAGCAGACAGGCAGGCUAGGAAACAAGCUUUAUCUGGUCAACCGGCUCCAGAACCAGCCCCGGCACCAAUCCCAGCACCAGUAGCAAGCAACCCUACACCCAAAACAUAUGACUCAGCUAGGAUCCAGCUCAAAUUACCCGAUGGACAGUCAAUAUCGCACACAUUCAGUGCCAAGGAACAAUUGGCCGCUGUAAAAUUGUAUCUGCAAAUGAAUAAGCCCGAGUUUGCAGACAAUGACAACUUCAAGUUGAUGACAACAUUCCCGAAGAAGAUAUUCACCUUUGAGGAUUAUGAGAAGCCGUUAGAAUGUUUAGGUAAUUAUUCAUAUUGGAAAUAUAAAACACUAGCUUUCCGCCCGCAGCUUCGCCCGCGUGGAGUUCUGUUAUAUCGCGUCUCCAAGAGAACCUUUCAAAAGUCUGGGAUAAAAACUAUCCUAUGUUCUUUCUCAAGGUCAACUCUAUCUGUGUACCAAAUUUCAUUAAAAUCAGUUCAGUGGUUUAGGCGUGAAAGCGUAACAGACAGACAGAGAGACAGAGUUACUAUCGCAUUUAUAAUAUUAGUAGGCAUACAUACACAACAGAAUAGUGACAUAAAGAUAUCACCAUUGAGAUCCCUUCAUAAUGAUAUUACUAAGUCAUUACAAAAAUAG